AUGGCUACCGGAGGCGGAGAGCUAAUGAGCGAAGUUAAUAGAGAGGGUAGUGAGCGCAGCGUGAUCAAUGAUGAAUAUCGAGGCGAAAACAGAGAGAACUGCCCUAACUUAAUAGAUGAUUUCUGCGAGGCAGAACUGGGAAUAAAAGAAGUAGGACAACAUAUUGAACGGGCCCAUAGAUUGGGUAAAAGAAAUAUUCAAAGUGAAAACCCUCGUCCAGUUGUGGUGAAGUUCAGUACAUCCAGAAUGAGAGAAAAAGUACGUGAACAGACAAGGCGUUUAGCAGGAACACACUUUGAAAUACAAGAACAGUUCCCCAAAAAAGCACAGGAAAAGAGGAAACAAUUAAUUCCUAUUAUGAAAGAGGCACGACGAAAAAGGAAAACAACUACACUUGUGAAAGACAAACUAUACAUUGAUGGAGUUGAAUAUCUCCCAGGCACAGCAGAAACAGAGGACACAAGAAUGUAG